UUUUUGUUUUUUUUUAUUUUUAAUUUUUAAAUUAAUUUUAGUGGCUUUUUCAAUGCAGUUAGACUCAGUUAUAGCUGGACAAGAGAAUGAUGAUGAAUAUGUGGCAGAUGCUUUGCUUGCUGUAAAGCUUAACUUUGUUUCUUCAACUGAUGAAAUUGAUAAAUUUCCAAAAUAUUCCCCUGAAUUUGCUUAUCAACAUUUUGGGGAAACUGAAAAGAUUGUUGGCUACAAAAAUCUUUCCGUUAAUGUAAUAUAUUCGGAUGCUUCUCUUUUUCUUACUUCAUUGGUUAAAUAUGAUGGAAUUCUUAAUGGAAAUUCAGCUAUUCAAAAAAUCAAAGAUGCCUUACCUAGCACACAACUGGAUGCUUAUUUGCCUUUUGACAAAUUUAAGGAUAAAUUGGUUGAGCAAACUAAAUUUCGUCCUUAUGGAGAACUUAUUUCUAAAUUUUAUAUUGAACAAGAAAUCGGUAAAGAACGCUGCUUUGAAUUAUACAAAUUUGAUAAGUUGGAAACUGAUCCCAGAUUGGAAGAGGGAAUUAAAUUUUUGGAAAGGGCUCAAUCAAUCGCUUUUUGGUAUAUUGAAUCGGUCCAAUAUACAGAUGAAGAGGAUCCCCGUUUCUUCAAUUAUUUUCUUUUUGAAUCUCUCAAAUCUUCAAAUAAUGGCCUUUCUCGUUGGAAAUUUGCUGGUUAUGCCAAUCUUUAUCGUUUUUACCAUUACCCAGACAAGGAUAGAAUUAGAAUUGCGCAAAUAUUGUUGGCUCCUCCUUUUAGAAAAAUGGGUCUUGGACCUAAAUUUUUACAAGCAAUAUAUUCCGAUCUUUGGAGAAUUGAAACUGUUUGGGAUAUUACUGAUUCUUUUGUAAUUAUGAGAGAUUAUGUCGAUGCUUUAAAUUGCUCUAAAUUGCCACAAUUUUCGAAAGAAAAUCUUAUGAAUGGAUUCAACACAGAAAUGUAUAAAAUAGCUCGAGAAAAAUAUAAAUUAUGCAAGAUGCAAGCUCGUCGUAUUUAUGAAAUUCUGCGACUUUUCCACACAAAAGUAAAUGUUCCUGAAGAACUUAAGCAAUUUAAAGAGGAUGUUUUUAAACGAUUGAAAAAACUUGUAAUGGAUCCAAAAAGAGAUAGAGGAAGGAUUGCACAAUCAUUUGCGGAUGAUGAACAAUCUUUGGCUAUUGCAAUGAUGGCAUUUGAACCGGAACAACAGCAACAUCAAUUGGAAACACUUUAUGAAAAUUUGGUGAAUAAUUACAGAAUUGUUUUGGAUCUUUUGGCAAAAUACGAGAAGGAAUUUGUUAAAUGA